GCGAUCAACACCGCAAAGAACUAUCAGGAGUGGGCUAUCUAGGGCUCAUAGACGUAAACCAAGGUUAAUGUACCCUCCUCUAGCAUUGCACCAUGGCGUCGGUUUCUAACCCAGCCAGUUCCGGCCCGAACCGUCUCUACGCGUCGCCGCCAUGAGACACACUCCCGUUCUCGGCGCUGUCCUCGAGCUGUCGCUUCUGGUGGCUGCGGAUUGGCAGUUCAAGUCCCGAUCGGAUCUCGCUCCGCCGCGGUUGAACAUCACCAUCCCGGCCACCCGAGAGGUUGAAAAGGGGUACUUGUUUGUCUCUCCCUUCGCCGGCUAUCCCGAUACGCCCACGGAGCAGCACGGGCCUAGGCAGGCUGGCCCGUACAUCUUCCGCGACAAUGGCGACUUAGUCUGGUCCGGCUACGGCAUCUACAGCAUCUGGGCCACCAACUUCCAGGCUGGCCGCUGGCGGGGCAAAGAUAUCCUCUACAGCUUCGAGGGCGAUCACAACCCGGGCUACGGCCACGGCCACGGCCACGUCACCUUCCUCGAUAAUCAUUACGAGACCAUACGUGAACUUCGGGCCGGAAACCACAAGCUCAUUGACAAGCACGAGUUUCACAUCGUGAACCAGGAAACCGGCCUCGUCCAGAUCUAUCAGCCGGUCGCCCGCGACUUGGCAGCCUGGGGUGCGAGCCCACAGCAGCAGUGGAUUGUAAAUGCUAUCAUUCAAGAGCUUGACAUCGCUACUGGCAAGCUCCUCUUCGAGUGGGCAAGUCUGGAUCAUGUCUCACCUGAUGAAGCGAUUCUACCCAUCAACCCCGGCCAAGCUGGUUCUGGCUACAAUAGCUCGGACGCUUGGGAUUACUUCCAUAUCAACAGCGUUGACAAGGACGUCGACGGGAACUAUCUGAUAUCCGCACGAGACGCGUGCAGUAUUCACAAGAUCAACGGCACAGAUGGGGAAAUCAUAUGGAAAUUGAACGGGAAGGAUAGCUCCUUCAAGGUCCCUAAGAAUGCCGAGUUCUGCUUUCAGCACGAUGCGCGAUUUCUAAGCCAGUACGACGACGUCGAGGUCAUUAGCUUAUAUGACAACAGCGCACAUGGCACCGAACACGGUACCGGUUCCGAGGUCCACACUGCACCCACCAGCAGCGGAAAGAUCAUCAAGGUGAAUACUACCUCGUGGGAAGCCGAGUUGGUCCAGGCUUUCUUCCCUCCGGACGGCCUCCUCUCCAAGUCUCAGGGCUCUACCCGAAUUCUCCCCAACGGGAACGCCAUAGUGAACUGGGGCUCCUCCGGAGCAGUGACGGAGUUCCUCGCCAACGGUACACCCAUCUUCCACGCGUACCUGGACUCGGGCGAGCUUGGUAUUGGGGUCGAAAAUUACCGCGGCUUUCGCUACAACUGGACCGGCCUCCCGACCGAGGAUCCCGCCAUCGUGGCGCUCGAGUCCGACGAGGGUAUCACCGCUUACGUGAGCUGGAAUGGCGAUACCGAGACUAGGGCCUGGAGGUUCUACGCGCAAACCGACGAGAAGGGGUCGAGGAAGUUUCUCGGUGAGGUCGAGCGGGUCAGCUUUGAGACCUCUCUCCCAAUUGGCCACGAGAACAUCGCCGGAAUCGUCGCUGAGGCUAUCGGUAAGGAUGGAAGGUCGCUACGGACGACGGGGGUGGCUUUCGUCGAACCGGAAAUCCGCCCUAUUGAAAGUCUAUCAAAAAUUAUGAUCGGUGAAGCGGUUACCCAGAAGGCUAUUUUCAACUCGGAUGACAUGUAGGGGAAACAUGAAAUUUUGAAGUAUUUACAGCUUAAAAACGUAAAGCUUCGGAUGAGACCGUGGAGUUAUCACCUAUAUUAUGCGUCCG